UAGUUUUCUCCUUCAUAGGAAAGCGCCGCGUGAAGUUGGCAUAUUUCUUUUUAAGUGACCGAUAAAUUUUGAUGUUUAGGCGUAAACGAGUGUGAAUUUAAUAAUUUGUUUUUGCCGUGCGAAUUGAUAGUAAAAAUAUAAAAAAUGUCUGCGACAGAAGCACAAAUAGGCGUGAAUACAAAUUUGCAAAAACAGGAUCUUAGUAAUUUGGACAUAGAAAAUCUGACCCCCCUCUCUCCAGAGGUAAUUUCACGCCAGGCUACUAUUAACAUUGGUACAAUUGGACAUGUAGCACACGGUAAAUCAACCGUUGUUAAAGCAAUUUCAGGAGUACAAACUGUACGUUUUAAAAAUGAACUGGAGCGAAAUAUUACUAUUAAGCUCGGCUACGCCAACGCCAAAAUUUAUAAGUGUGACAAUCCGAAGUGUCCACGACCAGCUUGUUUCAUUUCUGACGGUUCAAGCAAGGAUGAUAGUUUCCCCUGUGCACGACCUUCCUGUUCUGGCCGCUUUCAGUUGGUGCGUCAUGUAAGUUUUGUAGAUUGCCCCGGUCACGACAUUCUUAUGGCUACGAUGUUGAACGGUGCUGCUGUGAUGGAUGCUGCACUGCUGCUAAUUGCCGGUAACGAAUCCUGCCCUCAACCGCAAACCUCUGAGCAUUUGGCCGCUAUUGAGAUCAUGAAAUUGAAACAAAUCCUCAUUUUGCAAAACAAGAUAGAUUUGGUGAAGGAGAGUCAGGCCAAAGAACAGUAUGAGGAAAUAACGAAAUUCGUUCAGGGUACAGUUGCUGAAGGAGCACCAAUUGUACCUAUUUCUGCCCAACUUAAGUAUAACAUUGAUGUAUUAUGUGAAUAUAUUACUAAGAAGAUUCCGGUUCCUCAGCGUGACUUCAAGGCGCCACCUCGGCUGAUUGUUAUACGUUCUUUUGAUGUCAAUAAGCCUGGCUGUGAGGUGAACGAUUUGAAAGGAGGCGUGGCUGGCGGUUCUAUUUUAUGUGGUGUUCUUAAGGUGGGUCAGGAAAUAGAAGUGCGUCCUGGAGUUGUCACGAAAGACAGUGAGGGUAAUAUCACUUGCAGGCCAAUUUUCUCGCGCAUUGUCUCAUUAUACGCUGAACAAAAUGAACUCCAGUACGCUGUACCUGGAGGUUUAAUUGGUGUGGGAACUAAAAUUGAUCCUACCUUAUGUCGUGCUGAUCGUCUCGUUGGCCAGGUGUUGGGUGCUGUUGGUCACCUUCCAGACAUAUACAUUGAAUUGGAAAUUUCCUACUAUCUGUUGCGACGAUUACUUGGCGUUCGCACUGAUGGCGACAAGAAGGGCGCACGCGUUGAAAAAUUGCAAAAAAAUGAGAUUUUGUUGGUUAAUAUUGGUUCCUUAAGCACAGGAGGCCGAAUUUCUGCAACUAAGGGUGAUUUAGCGAAGAUUGUACUCACCACACCUGUUUGCACUGAGAAAGGUGAAAAAAUUGCACUUAGUCGUCGAGUGGAAAAACAUUGGCGUUUAAUUGGCUGGGGUCAAAUCUUUGGUGGUAAAACUAUUCAACCUGUGCUUGACAGCAAACCCGUAAAAAAAUAAUGUAUUUGGUUAAAGAUAUCAUUUAAAAAAGUAGCACAUUUUGUUAUAAGCGAAAAAAGCGCAUUCGCAAGUCUUCAGAAAUUUUUAUAUACAAAUUAUCACCAACAUUUAUUUCGCUCUGUGACUUUAUGCGUUAAAAGCAGAUAAAACAACAAUAACAAUAGAAUUUGCUUUAAAACAGAACAAAGCAGCAACCUAUAAAAUAUUUAAUUACUAUUAUAAUUAAAGGAAUUAAAAUUUGUUAUGUAAAAAAAACAAAUAAAAGCAAACACAAACAUUUUUACAUAGAAUUUUGUUGCUUGUGAAUCAUCAAUGCCGACAGAUACAUGCCCCUAGGAAAAAAUCAUCUAGGGUGAAUGAGCUUUACGAAGUAGAAUUUUUUCUCAGCUGCUUAGUAGUAUUGUGUAUUAUUCACAUUUGAUAAUUUGGUGAAAUAAACAAUUAUUAU